UGUGUAAAAUCAAGAAGCUGCUGAAAAUAUAAGACAAGAAUCCUCUUUCUUCCAUCUCUAUCUCUCCAAAGACAGUUGCUCAACCCCUUCUUCUUGAAAUGGCUUCUUCUUCUCUUAUCUUCAUGCUCCUCCUCAUCUUCACCCUAUCCUUUUCAUCACCAACUCUAAUCUCAGCCAAACCCAACACGACAAUAAUCGAAUCAACUUGCAAAAACACAAACAACUACAAAUUCUGCGUGUCGGCUCUCAAAUCCGACCCAAGAAGCCCCACAGCCGACACAAAAGGUCUCGCAGCCAUCAUGGUCGGAGUUGGCAUGACAAACGCCACCUCCACCGCAACUUACCUCGCCGGAAACCUAACCUCCGCUGCGAACGACGUCGUCCUCAAAAAGGUCUUACAAGACUGCUCCGAGAAGUAUGCCCUCGCCGCUGAUUCUCUUCGGCAAACAAUUCAAGAUCUUGAUAGUGAAGCCUAUGACUAUGCUUCCAUGCAUGUCUUGGCGGCGGAGGAUUAUCCUAAUGUUUGCCGCAAUAUUUUCCGGCGAGUUAGAGGGCUGGCUUAUCCGGUGGAGCUUCGCAGGCGUGAACAGAGCCUGAGACGUAUCUGUGGUGUUGUCUCCGGGAUUCUUGACCGCCUUGUUGAAUGAUUUUACAAUAUUUGCAUUAACGUUGGUAAAAUCUACUAUGUUUUAAGUUAUCGUAUUAAAUGAAUUUUUAAUGUGGAAUCUGUAACCUUUUUAAUACCGUUACUAUAUUACUCUUCUUCUUCGCAACUA